GCGGAGCGUGUGGCUGACAUGACUGGGAUAUCUGAGACUCACAUCAGCAAGGGGAAGUCCCUGGGUGAGUGCCCCGUGUGCUAUGAGAAAUUCCACCCGCUGGAGGCUGCCCAGAGGACACUGAGCUGUGGACACACCUUCUGCCAUGACUGCCUGGUGAAGUGCCUGCUCUCCUCCAGGCUAGACGGGCAGGUCCAGAACAAUCUCAUCUGCCCCAUCUGCCGCUACGUGACAUUCCUCAGCAAGAAGGUGACCCUCUGGCCUCCCAAACCAGGGGAGUCCCCCCAACCUCUGGAGCUGGCUCUCUCACCCUCCUUGUUGCCCCACCUAGCAAAGUCAGGGCCAGACAACACCUUGGUGGUCCCUAGCCAUUUUGUGAUGCCAGUGCAGAGCUAUGACAGGAGCGACAACAUGUGUGGUGUCCCCAUGGACUCAAUGGCCUUGCCGGCCGGCCUGGCUCGGGAAGCCCAUGUCUUCGUGAUCAGUGAUCAUGGGAUGCCGCUGGUGGAGGAGAACUGUAGGUCAGUGGUUAGGGGACACGGCACAGAGGCGCCAGAGUCAGGGGCAUCCAUGAGUUCCCUUGGGAUGCGGUGCUGCCAGUCACCCAUUGUACUGGCUGUUCUCCUCAUCUCAACAGUUGCCCUAUUGGCGGCUGUGUUCCCUUGGGUCCUGUUGGUGAAGAGGGGUUCCUGAGCGGGACUGGAGAAUGCUCCAAACACGACCCAGGCAGAGAGCUGUGCCUAGAACCCAACACUUGCAGAGAUGCCCAGUGCCCCCAGGCGAACGACUCCUUCUCUUGGGCACAACG